AUGGUGUUAAGGAACUUCUGUCAAGUUUUUCAACUUAAUAAAACACCGUUACUUAGAAGUUACAGCUUAAAAAAUUUUCACCAAAAAGCACUUUAUGCAACACACCAUAAUCUUUCCAAAGUCAAUGAUAUUUACGAGGGAAUUAGGAAUCAUGAUAGAUAUUACUUGGCAAAGGCAAUAACAUUAGAUCAUAAAAGCCAAUCACAACAAUUGCUUUCUAUGAUUAUUGAUUCACAGAAGAAUACAAAGAAUUCAACUGGGGAGAUAAAAACAUUUAGAAUUGGCAUUACUGGUCCACCCGGUGUUGGAAAAUCAACUUUUAUUGAAAAAUUUGGAACUUUUUUGGUCGCAAAAGGACAUCGAAUAGCUGUUUUGGCUGUUGAUCCAUCAUCGUCUCGUACAGGUGGGUCAAUUUUAGGUGACAAGACGAGAAUGCCCGAAUUGUCAUAUAAUAAUGAUGCUUAUGUCCGUCCAUCACCAAGUCGUGGCACGCUUGCUGCGGGUUAUGAUAUAUGCAUUAUUGAAACUGUUGGUGUUGGUCAAUCAGAAACAAUAGUAUCCGAAAUGGUUGAUAUGUUUGUGUUAAUGGUGCCGCCUGCAGGUGGUGAUGAAAUACAAGGUUUGAAAAAAGGGAUCGUUGAAGUAUCUGAUUUAGUUAUUGUAAAUAAAGCCGAUGGAAUUUUGGCACAGUCUGCUAGAGAAGCAGUUAUUGAAUAUACUAGCGCAUUAAAAUAUCUUCGACCAAGCACACCUGUCUGGAGACCCAAAGUUACAAGCGUAUCUUCAAAGACUAAUGAUGGAAUCGAAAAUACUUGGAACGUCAUGCAAGAGUAUUAUAAUUCAAUGAAGGAUUAUAGUGAACUAGCAAAGAAAAGAGGUGAACAAAGAAAACUGUGGAUGUGGCGUCAAAUUACAUCAGAAAUUUUGGAGAGGUAUAAAUGA